AUGAGGACUUCCACGCCUCCGAGUGAAGACGAAGGUCAAGGACCGAGGCCGGACGGCCGCCGUGAACGGCGGCUAGCGGCGGGACCGCUGCGCCGCCGGAGGGGCAGGGUUCAGAUUGCCGGGAUUGUGGUGAAGGAGACAUCCGGCAGGGAGAUUUUCACGGAGAAUAUUCAGACUAGUGGGGCGUACAGCGCUAGAGAAGAGGGGCUCAAGAGAGAGGAAGAUGCUGGAAAACUCAAAUUUAUUUGUUGUGCAAAUGAUGGCAUUGAUGAACAUAUGAUCUGGUUGAUCGGAUUGAAAAACAUAUUUGCUAGGCAACUGCCUAAUAUGCCCAAGGAGUAUAUUGUCCGUCUUGUUAUGGACAGAAGCCACAAAUCCAUGAUGGUCAUUAGGGAUAAUGUGGUGAUUGGUGGCAUUGUUAGGCGUAAUGUGGUGAUCGGUGGUAUCACAUAUCGCCCUUAUAUCAGUCAGAAGUUUGGUGAGAUAGCUUUUUGUGCUAUCACAGCAGAUGAACAAGUCCGAGGCUAUGGGACAAGACUAAUGAAUCACUUGAAACAGCAUGUCCGCGAUGUUGAUGGCCUCACUCAUUUUCUAACAUAUGCAGACAAUAAUGCAGUUGGCUAUUUUACAAAACAGGGCUUCACAAAAGAGAUAACACUGGAGAAAGAAAGAUGGCACGGAUACAUCAAAGAUUAUGAUGGAGGCAUACUCAUGGAAUGCAAAAUCGAUCCAAAACUUCCAUACACCGAUCUUUCUACAAUGAUUCGACGGCAAAGGCAGGCAAUAGAUGAAAAGAUAAAAGAACUCUCCAACUGUCACAUUGUCUAUUCAGGAAUUGAUUUUCAAAAGAAGGAAGCUGGUAUUCCUAAAAAGCCCAUUAAAGUUGAGGAUAUUCCUGGUUUGAGAGAGGCUGGUUGGACUCCAGAUCAGUAUGGGCACUCAAGGUACAAACCAGCAAAUGCUACAGACAGUGUUGCUUACCGACAACAACUGAAUGCUUUUAUGCGUGGACUUUUAAAGAUGAUGAGUGAGCAUCCGGAUGCUUGGCCAUUUAGAGAACCAGUAGAUGCACGUGAUGUGCCUGAUUAUUAUGAUGUCAUUAAGGAUCCAAUGGAUCUAAAAACCAUGUCAAAAAGAUUGGAAUCAGAACAAUAUUACAUCACCUUUGAAAUGUUUGUUGCUGAUGUCAAGAGAAUGCUUGCUAAUGCUCGCACCUAUAAUGCUCCAGAAACAAUAUAUUAUAAAUGUGCUACGAGGCUUGAAACUUUUUUCUCGAACAGGGUCCAGUCUCACCUCCUCCAAACGACUAGCAAGAAUCCAUAGAUUUAACUAUUUUAUUGAAAAAUGCGUCCUUAUCUAUUGAUAAGUUUGUAAACUUUUGCUUAGUGAACUUUGAGACCAACAUAAACUCUGAAGCAGAAAAUCAAGGAGAGCCAGAUUCAUGUCACAAGCUGACGGAGCUCUGUGGUUAAAGCUUGUAAUCCUGAUUCAUAAAUUGUUGGACAUUGACAAAGCCUGCUGACAUCUGAUGCAGUUUACACAGAUGAUGCACAACUGUUGGCAACCGAAAGUUCUAAAGUCCUGUAAUAGCGAUUGUUCUGGUAAUAUGCAAUUGUUAAUUGAUGAUAUCUUUCGCUGUACUUGGACUUGAGAUAUUGAUAUGUAAAUUUAUGAUUUCUCCAUGUAGUUAUAGACUUGAGAAAGGAAAGAUUUGCUACAUGCUGUGACGAAUGUUUGGGUGGAUUUGCUCCAGACUUCUGUAUUGAGAUAAAUUCUAUUAGCCAAUUCCGUGUGA